AUGAAAUUAUUGUCAAUAGUAUUAACCGUAGUAUUGGUAUCGAUAGCCGCCGGCGACUACAGUAUCGAUGACUACAAAGCUGUCGGGAAUUCGCGGAACUUUACGGGAAAAGUGGUUUUCGUGACCGGUUCCUCGUCCGGCAUCGGCGCCGGUAUUGUUAAGCUGUUCUCUAUAUUAGGGGCCAAAGUUGUAGUCACCGGUAGGAAAGCGGCCGACAUAUCAAAAGUGGCCAAAGAGUGUUACGAGUUGUCGCCGCAAAAGUUGAAACCCCUGGAAGUGGUGGCAGAUCUGACCAAAUCCGCUGACGUUAACCAUUUAAUUGACAACACUAUUACAUUUUUUGGCAAAUUAGAUGUAUUGGUCAACAAUGCGGGCAUUUAUCCGCCGACAAACAUCACUCAACCCGAUAUACUGCAGGUCUGGGACCAGAUUAUGGCCAUUGACUUGCGAUCGGUGGUAGAGCUGAUACACCGGACGGUACCACACCUGGAGAAAACCAACGGCACUAUUAUUGACAUAUCCAGCGCUGCCUCAACCACCCCAAUUCACAAUUACUUGGCGUACGCCUCGGCUAAGGCUGGACUGGAUAUGUUGGGUCGUGUAUUGGCCCUGGAAUUGGGCCCCAAAAACAUCCGGGUCAACACAAUUAACCCAGGUUUUAUACAAGUGACCGAAAAGCCCACCCCAUAUAACGAGUACCUGAGAAGCAUAACACCAAUACGCAAAAUUGGUGAACCCCUAGACGUGGCCCGAGCUGUAGCCCUAUUGGCAUCAACUGAUGCCCAGUAUAUGACCGCACUAAUAUUGUAG